CCGAGAACCUUUCUUCAUCACUUUGUACUAAUCAAUGUGAACUUGAAAGUUGUGGUCGACCUGAAAAUGAAGUGGUUGUCGGCAGCCGCAGGCAGCCUGGUGUGUAUUCCGUAGUAGCCAAAAGGGACCGACCGAGAAACCUCGCUCCAAUGCCAUAUCCGGCUUAAUCAGUCAUUUCUUCUCCCCUUCACAUGAAGAGCAGCUCAACUUCCAGGGAGACUGAAACCAAUAUUCUUCAAUUUAUUCCACACCCACACCUCCUUGAGUUCCCUAUUCUUCUGGGCACACAACCCUCCAUCCCUCACUCCUCUUUCAGCAACCACUUCUCCUCCACAACUGCGCGAGUCCUGCGCCGUCCGAGAGGACAGAAAUAGGGACUCUUUAUCACCUCGAACCCUGAAAGCAGUAUAAUCCGUCACCACCACCUCAAAACCUCGGCUGUACAAAAAUCCUACGCCCCAAAAGACCAAAACCCGACCACAAAAUGUCCUCCUCAAAUCCCAACCCCCCAGCGUCUCAAUCCGAGCAUGUCACAUCUCCCGCGACCAACAACCCCUCCACCAACCCCGCAGAAUCCGAAUCCCGCUCCGCCACCACCGCCACGAACACAACCACCCCACAACGCCCUCAACCCGCCCAAGUUGACGACGAGGACUCCGAUUUCGAUGAGCUGGACGAUGUCCUCGACAACUUCAACAAACCCCCCCCAGCCUCAGCCCCAGCGCAAACCACAGAUGCACCAACCGAGGAUGUCGAUCUUGACGAGGAAGCCUUUCUCAGACAACUCGAGAAAGACAUGGCUAGUCUGAUGGGCGCGGGCGGCAGCGGAGCCGAUAACACCACCACGACGGGUGCAAGCGCAGGGAUCCCGGACGGGCUCGGCGAUGGCGAGGAGGCGCUUGAGAAGGACGCAGAGAUGUUCGCCAAGUAUCUCGAGGAGAGUGGGGUGUCGGCGGAGGAUCUUCUGAAGCAAUUGGUAGGGGAUUUGAUCAAGGGAGGAGGAGAUGGUGGCGCUGCUGAUAAUGGGAAGAAAGACGCGGGGGGGGGUGGUAGUAGUAAAGCGCAGGGGGGGAAGAAGAAGAGUAAGAGUAAGAAGAAGACUGGUGGGGAUGGUGAUGCUGCUGCUGCUGGAGAGGCGUCUGGGUCUACGGUUAAGACUACUGCUUCUGCCGCCGCUGCCGCUGCUGCCACCACCCCGGAGACAUUCAACGAUACUAUUCAGCGCACGAUUGAGCGGAUGAAGGAGUCUGGCGACAAGGCGACGGCCGCGGCCGAGGAAGAAGAUGCGGAUGCGGAUGACCUGGUGGCGCAGCUGAUCAAGGCGAUCGAGGCGGGCGGCGCUGGGGGCGACGGGAACGAAGCCGACCUGACCAAGAUGUUCAUGGGAAUGAUGGAACAGCUGUCUAACAAGGAGAUCCUGUACGAGCCGAUGAAGGAGCUCGACGCCAAGUUCGGACCCUGGAUCGCAGAGAACAAGGCCUCCGGCAAGGUUUCUGGGGAUGAACUGGCGCGCUACGAGAAACAGGCCGGCGUCGUCGCGCAGAUCGUGGCCAAGUUCGAGGAGAAAGGGUACACGGAUGAGGAUCCCAAGUGUCGGGAGUAUGUGUGGGAGAAGAUGCAGGAGAUGCAAGGCUGUGGUAACCCUCCCGAUGAGUUGAUCUCGGCGCCGAUGAUGGAAGAUCUCAUGGGUGGAGGUGGUGGUGCUGGCGCGCCGGACUGCCCGCAGCAAUGAAGCUUUAGGACUGACACGGAUGAUUUUGGAUUGAUGAUACGAAUUUCUGGGUGGGCCGCCUGUCUAUGUAUUGUACAUAUAUCCGUCUGUUUGCGCCAUGCCCUAGACUUUUGUCGCAAUGGCUUGAUAUUGUGUUCAACGAUGAGAAAAGAAGGGUCUCAUUGUGGGUAUUUCCGCAAUGAUACCUACCAGUGUCGAUACCAAUGGCAGUCUAAUGACAUUUGCCCACAAU